AUGGGCGCUGUGGUAGCACUCCUCAGCUUCAAUGCUGUAGGAGAAGGUACUGAAGCAACGGUGUUGCCCUUGCUGACGGGACACACAGAGUGGGACUUUGCUGACAGCAGGAAAUCAUUUGGCAAAAGGGAAUUUCAUACCACCGAUCUUAUUUUUGACAAAGUGAAGGAGGAUGGUUACCGCACGGCAUAUUUCGAAGACCGACCGGACAUUGGCACGUUUCAAUUUCGCUUCAAUGGUUUCGCCAAGAGCCCAGCUGACCAUUACUUAUAUGAUUUUUAUAAAGUGUUAAACCGCCUGAGAAAUCUGGAAAUUGGAGACGAUGCUUUUCACUGCAUUGGCGACACUCCACAAUACGAAUUUAUGAUGAAUAUUACUGAACAGUUCUUCCAACUGGAUCGAAAGAAAUUUUGCUUCACGUUCAUCCGGAGUACAAGUCACGAUGAUUUCAACAAAAUCACCAGCGCUGACAAAGAGUUCGUUCGUUUUCUGCGGCAUUUUAGAACCAGUGGUCAUCUCACGAACACACUGUUAUUGGUUAUGGGUGAUCAUGGAGUCAACUAUUCAGAUGUCCAUGUCACGAAUCAAGCAAAACUAGAACACCGUCUACCAUUAAUGGCAAUAGUAUUACCGGAAAAAUUAUUAGCGAAAAGACCAGAAAUAGAGUCGGCAUUACAAUCAAACGAAGACGUUCUUACAACCCCUUACGACAUUUACGCGACCAUAUUGGACGCAAUUGAUAUGAGGGAACAUUGGAACCCAUAUAAAAUCAAAGGUGCUCAUCUCACUAGAGGAUUGACUCUAUUCGAACCUAUUCCUAGCACGAGAUCGUGUAGCGAAGCAGGAGUAGAAGGUCAAUGGUGCACGUGCCAAAACCGGACGCUGGAGCACCGGCCUUCUGUGCUGAGCAACCAUAUGAACACACUGACGGAGGCUUUGAGGUCGAAUCUGAGUGAGGAAACGCAAAGUACGAAGAUACAUUAGUUUGCUACAAGAA